UCAGCUGAUCGUUCCCUGCACCACGUCCCUUUUUUUUCUGUGAGUUGUUUUUUGCAAAGAGGAGCUGCUUUGCAGACAUUGGGGUCCUCUGGAGAUUUUUCUUGUUUGUCUGUUUUAUACCUAGGUGUAAAGUAAUCCGCUAACCCUCGGAUUAAUGUUUGGAACGUUAGACAGUUAGUUAGGGUAUCUCUUUUAUCAACCGCGAGCUUUUGUUUUUUAAUGGAUGUCUAGUCUAUUUAAUGUGUUUUUAACAAAUUGGCUAAAAAUCUAUCAAAAGUUGGACAAUUUUAUUCUCAUAGAAUAACAUAUUAGAUAUGCUUAUUUAAUAAGUCGUUGCCGUUCCACUUUUCCGUCCGCUAUGUUAACAGAAAACCAGGUCAGUCUUACUGUUUUCAGGUCUGUAACAGACUCAAGUGAUGAACCGAUUCGAGCUGCGGUUCCUCCGUCUGUGGAGCUCGGACUCACCAUUGUGUAUACCAUCCUAUAUUCGCUGCUUUUUAUGUUUGUCUACUUGCAACUUUGGCUCAUUUUGCACUAUGGACACAAACGCUUCAGCUACCAGAGUGUCUUUCUUUUUCUCUGUUUGCUGUGGUCUGCGCUAAGGACUACAUUAUUUUCAUUUUACUUCAAGAACGUUGUCCAAGCAAACCAGUUGCAGCCUUUGCCUUACUGGCUGUUGUACUGUUUUCCAGUAUGCCUCCAAUUUUUCACGCUGUGUCUGCUAAAUCUUUAUUUUGCACAGGUAAUGUUUAAAGCCAAAGCGAAAUAUUCUCCGGAGCUCAACAAAUACAAGGUGCCCAUUCGUCUGGCGGUCAUCUUUGCCAGUAUUUUCUUUCUGGUGGUGAACCUGACAUGUGCCAUGCUGGUGCAGGGUAGCCUAGCGGGUGGGAUGGAGAGCGACGCGGGUGAGGCAGAGGUCCGGCAGGUGGUUUUGGCUCGGGUUCUGGUCAACGACAGCCUUUUUGUCCUCUGCGCUGUCACGCUGGCCGUUUGCAUUUUCAAGAUCGCUAAGAUGUCCUCUGCCAAUGUUUACCUCGAGUCCAAGGGUACGUCAGUAUGUCAAGCUACAGCCAUAGGUGCUGCAGUCAUCCUGCUCUAUACAUCCAGGGCCUGCUAUAACCUGGUGGUGGUGGCUCUCUCUCCAGAGGACCGGCCCAACCCCUUCAACUUCAGCUGGUACAACAUCUCCGAUCAGGCGGACGUAGAGAAGAUCAGUGGAGAGGCCUACAUCAUCUUUGGGAUCAUUCUUUUCUUCUGGGAGCUGCUACCCACUAGUCUGGUCGUGGUCUUCUUCAGGGUACAGAGGCCAAAUCAGAACCUAGUGUCAGGGGGAAUGAUUAACAGUCACAGCUUCAGUUCCAGGGCCUAUUUCUUUGAUAACCCCCGGAGGUACGACAGUGACGAUGACCUGUCCAGAAGCAUCAACUCCAGAGCAGAUCGACCGAGUAUCCUGUCCUCGACACCCCAGAUGGGCCCGUGCUGGUACGGCUCUACCCAAAGGAACGAUAGCCUGACGGGGGUCCCCUACCUAGGCCCCCAGGCCUCCACAGCCCCCCUUCUCCUAACCUAUGGUAACAUCCAGACCAACCAGCACCAUAACUACUAUUCUACUCCCCAGAACUAACCCCCCCACCCACAUGGAUACCUGUGAAAACAGUCAAUCACUCAGGAAAGGGGCGGUCCUGACCUUCAGCUACAUGCCUACGACCUCUGUGUUAUCAAGGCGACAUCGUUGCUGAAGAUGCAUGGCCACGCCUCCCCCGUUUUAGUUAUACCCCUGCCGCCUCCACAACCAGCGCCACUUACCUCCCCGGCUUGGUGUAGGCGUGGUGGCGACCUUACUGGGGUUUCUGUGGUCGGACAGGGCCAGACAAGGCAAGGUCAUUUGAGGUAAGCGUUGGUUAUGGAGCGGUCAGCUGAGUGAUAAAAAAAAAAAAGCUACAAUAUGUGUAUUACCAUAGUCCUGGAACAUUCUACUAUUCCUGAGCAGCCAGACGAAUGUGUUGAUGACAAAUAAGGAAGUCUCUGUAUGGAAAGGAUUCUCAAUUUUUCCCACACGCACAUACUGCACUAUGUGGGAUAUCAGUAAGGUCUCUAUCUCGUUUUGGACUAGACACGCACGUGGACCAGCACUUACGUUUCACCCCCGCCCUUUCCUAAUUCCAUUUUUGUUUCAUGCCAAUUGGCAGUUGUUGUUGCGCCCCCCCGUCCCCCCUCCCGUCCCCCUGUGCUCCAUGAGUCAGGAGGCAACAUUUGCACUUAAAUAUUGAAUCCUCUCAUUCUGAGGACAAGACCUGGGCAUGAAUGUAGUUUCAGCUCCUUGUGUGAACGAAGACUUUUGGGGCGGUCCUGUGUGUUCCCUGCACCUUUUUUCACGUCCCGGUAGACCAGUUGAUGCCUGAGCAAUGAGCCAUCCAUGAAGAUGCCCUUUCAAACACUAAUCUGGACUGAAGUCAUGGACAAUGCUUUUGGUAUUCCUACCCAUUUGGAUAUGAGGCCCCUGAGGGAAGAAGCUUGGACUUAUGGUGGAACACUACGUUUCUGAAUGAAUGUCCUGAUCUGGGCCCAUUAAACGUGAAUGUAACAGACCAAGCGCAUUGAUCGGAUUGAAAUGUUAUGGUGGUUGUUUUUACAUUACAGUACUGGCAAAGGCUGAUUCCAAGUCUGUUUGUCUUGACAGCUCUUAUAUAGUCACCAGAAAGCACAAACAGAUCUGGGAACAAGCUAACCGGCUUUAGAAGAGGGAUAGACCUGCUAAACAACUCCCUCUCUUUGUAUAUCCUGACCAGUAGUAUAUCCAAUUAGUAGUUCACAGCCUCUAGCUCACCAUUAUUAGCCUGGUUCCAAAGUCCAUUGUGCUGUCUUGCAAACUCCUCUGGUCAUAGUUUUGCUGGUGUUGGUGAGACUGCACAAAUAGAUCUGAGACUAGGCUACUCAAUCCAUGGAUACCUAAAGAUGUGCCAAUAAAUGUUUGCUAGUUUUUUCCCCUUGUGGAAAACAUGUUGCACAGAACGCUGUAUAUAUCAAAGGUUCUACAUAAGCUUUAUGUCCUUUAAAAAACUAUCCAUGUUUGUUUUGAUAUAUUCUAUGGUUACUAAUUUAGACUUUUCCCUGUUGCGAUAGUGGUACGACCUUGGUGUACAGGGCAUGUUUGGGUGUGUGAGAAUGCUUAUGUAUCGGAAGAGUUUAGGUUAGAGUUGAGAGCAUGUCUUCUUUAAAAACCUGUUUAGACUGGACGAGGAAUUUCUUGCUACAAAUGAUAACCAUUCUAAUCCUAUUUUAAUUAUAUUUUAUUUCUCCAUACCUUUCCCUACCUUCCUUCUAUGAAUGUCUGCAAUAGUGUUAUCUUUGUUGAUGUUACAGUAGUUGUAUAAAAUGAUGAGCUGAAAGACACAAUCAGUGGACAAAUGCAAUCAUUAAGUAUAUUCUAUUUUUCCUCACCAGCUUUGUGGUACAUGGCUGAUGUCACAUUUGACCUUUACUGCUGUGGAAGUCAUAGAAAAUAUUAUUGGGAUGGGAAAGUAGAAUGGGUGACCUAAGUUUGAAAUUCACAAUCCAAGGGCCACAAACCAAUACUAGCCAGAACUGCUUUUAAAUAAAUAUUUUUAUUGGAUUUUCUUCUCCCCUUUUAUAAUUUUAGAGGUGGAUUCUGCAGGGUUGUGUAUUUGGCUGUAGGAACAGAUGGAUGAAUUAAACCUUUACUUAAUCUGUUAUUGAGUCUCCACCUAAAUGGCUAUUUUUAAUGCUAGCUUAUUUGUAACAUACAUGUGUGACUGUUGAAGGUCUGUCAGUACACAGAAGUGAACAGGCAGCUAUAACCAAUGACAAAAUACUGACAGCGGUCCCCUAAAAUCAUAAAAAUUCUCAUAUCCAAGAACAUAAAGCCUUUUAUCUGUUAUGGACGUAAAUUAUUUAUUCUUAACAGCAACGGAUGGGGACAGUCUGUGUAUAAAUGUGAGUUGCAAGUAUUCCAAUUUUGUUUCUGUGUAAUCUAUAUCUGUGUGUGUUCUUGUCUCGCAAAGAGCAGGUUUAGCCUUUUAUAAUUUGUCUCAAAUUCUUUGUUGGUGGCCAAUGAAUGUAACACGUUUACUCAUCUGUCAUAGAUCACAAGAUGUAUGCAAGCACUACCAUGUUCAAAUAAAGUUUUACUGCACUGUUUUAAAAAAAAAAUUAAAGAUAUUUGUAUUUUUUGUGCCAACCAUGACCAUUGCAGUAAGAGGUCAUGGUUACAUUCCUAAGUGCCUUGCUCACAGAGGUUUCUCUUUUCUGUGGAUGACUGGACUUGUGGUUUGGUGUCUUGGCUGAAACCCUCCUCCACCACAAUUGAUUUAUCCCUGCUAGAAAUCAGACCGGGCUUGAUCUCCAGUGUGUCUUGACUUUCAGAAAGCAGCUAUUCAAUCCACUGUUGUAUACUCUGCCUUGUCCAUCUUCAGAUGCACAGCCUGAUUCAAAUAACAUUUUCCUGAAAUUAGCCUUUUGUUAGAAAGACUUUCUGUCAAAAGAGCAGUGGACCUGCUAGGUUGAAAUGGGCAGCACAAAAACAGAAUUGUGCUGCCCAUCUCAACACAGCUGUUUUGAAUUAAGUGACAUCUGAUCAUGCAGCAGUUGAUUUGCAGUUGGUCCACAAUUGGCAGCAUGUUGCUUUCACUAAUAUUCAACAAGAUGCCUAUACACAUUUUUUUUACCUGCUAAGAUUUGUGAACACACACAGCAACGAGGAAAUAGGUUAUCAAGGAAAGCAUUUCCUCAGUUGGAACAGCAGAAGCCCACAGUGGACAGACAGAAUGU